ACUACUUGGCAGUGAAGACGACUGGCGACAGGAGCUGCGGCAACCCGUUACCAGAAUCUACUGUGCAGUUUUUUUUCCUCCAACACCAAAUUUGGAUCAACUGAGCGGAGAAACAGGAGGAAAUCCUGAAUCCUAGCCUAAAUGGUGAAGACGUGAUCCGAGCCUCAUUCUUCCAACCUUCCUGCCAGAUAGUUGAAAGCCUUGUUGGCAUCUUCUCUAAAAGUGAAAGUAACCAAAACGAGGAGCUCUUUUUCAAACACCGGCCUCAAUCUAUCUGAAGGGUUAGAACAGUGUGAAGAAGUAUAUGACACAGCGUUUCCUGGACACUUCUGUGUGACAACAUGGCAAAGAAGAACAGCCAGAGGGAUACGUCCGGAGUCGUGUUUGACACUCGCUCAAAGAUGGUGAUGUCCCAGGGAGGAACAGCUGAGAGGAUGAAGGAGAAGAUCAGUGCUGUCAGGGCAGUCGUCCCCAACAAAAGCAACAAUGAGAUCGUGCUGGUGUUACAACAUUUUGAGAACAGUGUGGACAAGGCCGUCCAAGCUUUCUUAGAAGGCAGUGCAGUGGAGAUCCUGAAGGAGUGGAAUGUCACCGGUAAAAAGAAGCCCAAGAAGAAAAAGAAGCCCAAGCCUCAGGUCGAGGCCACGGCAGAGCCCGCUCCGCCAGAUGCAGAAUUGCCCGAGGAGGGCAAAGACGAGAUGAACGGCUUUCAUGCCAACGGAUCGGUAAUGGACGGAGAUUCAAUUGAUUCUCUGAGUGAACAGUUGGACUCUGCCUCCCUGGAUGCAGCCGAGCUGGACUCUGAACUGGCUACAUCCGAAACCACCGGUCCAGAAGCAGAAAGUGUUGGUAGUGCCCCAAGUCCUGCCUUACCCCAAGUGGUAAGGAAUCACCAUGGUCCCAGAGGCAACAAGAACCGACACAGGGCAGGAUCAAAUUCACAAUCGUCUAGUUCCUCAUUAGCACUGACCUCUGAUGAGCAAGGAUCAUCAGGAGUCAAGAAGAUGGCUCCGAACAUCGACCGCUCUGUGAAGGACCUGCAGAGAUGCACUGCCUCGCUGACUCGCUACAGGAUGGUGGUCAAAGAGGAGAUGGACUCCUCCAUUAAGAGAAUGAAGCAGACAUUUGCUGAACUUCAGACUUGUUUAAUGGACAGAGAAGUGACCCUACUGGGGGAAAUGGACAAAGUGAAAGCAGAGUCAAUGAUGAAUUUAGACGCCCGGCAGAAGAGAGCAGAGGAGCUCAGGCGGCUGACAGAUCAGUCAGGUUCUAUGUCUGAGGAACAGUUGACUGAGCUGCGUGCAGACAUCAAGCACUUUGUGAGUGAGCGUAAAUAUGACGAGGACCUUGGAAAAGCUGUGAGAUUUACAUUUGAUCUUGAACCGCUGAAGGCGAGCAUCAUUGGGUUUGGAUCAGUUUACCAUCCACGUACAGGCUACUCAAAUCGGUCCCGCUGUAGCUCGACAUCCUCUUCUGUCACCAGCCCAGGCCUGCUAGAAACGCCUCCUCCUCCUGUUGUGACCCAAAGCGCCCCCAGCGAAAACCGCCCUCCGCCAAACAAACAGAUUUUCCAAGGCAACCGGCGUACUUUCCAGGGACAGGGGUAUCACUCGGGGGGUCAGCGGUAUAACGGCGGCUCCUACCACAACAGGAAUGCCAGUCGUGGGAACCACCGCUACCACGGCGACGGCGACGCUCCUUCGACUCACUCUAACAACUCGAGAGGUCCUCCCCGCUCCUCCUCAUCCGCCUACAACCAAGAUCGACCCUCUCAUAACGGGCUGCCCCAGAGGCCUCCGCGGACGCCCUGCCCUUGACAUUGGAAACCCUCGUUCUCAAUCAAACCCGUCUACUUUCCCUCGCACUCUCCUCUCCUCUCAUCUCCCCCACACCCUACACACUCUUCCCCCCCCCCCUCUACUAACUCCUUUCAAUGAAGAAUAGAAUACAAGUUUACAUAUUUCUGUAAGUUGAGCUAUAGUGCCACCUCUCCGCAUCAAUCCAUUCAUUCCUCAAACUUGAAAAAGCUCUCACUGCUCUGUAAUCGCUCCUGCUUUUGCAUUUCUUCCAUUCUGUUUAAGGUAACAGCUUCUAUCUUUAGGCCCCCCUUGAGAGAUCUCAUUGCUAUGCUACAGUCAGUUCUCUGGCAUUAAUUUGGGCAGAGACUGACAGGACUACCUGCAACAACUUGUGCACUAUUGAAGUUGAGCUCUUAGUACUAUUUCUAUUUUUGCCGUGGCUUGUGUCAGCUCUCUGACUUUGCACCUCAGAUAUAUAUAUAUAUUUUUUUUCUUUUUGUCUCCCAGAACCAUUUCAAUGCCUUCACCGUGGAAAGUGAAGUGACAGCGCAGAAGUAGUUCUAGCAUUAAACAGGGCAUUUCUGUCAUUAGGAGAGUAGACAUGCAAUCAACACUACAGACUAUCGUUAAUCUUUGUAGGCUUAAAAAAAAAAAAAAAGAAGAAGAAACAUAUCAAACUGUAAUCCAGAGCUUUUUGUAUGGCUGCUACAAACUGUGGGAACGUGUUGACGCUCAAAGAACUUAGGAGUGUUUGAGGGUAACUGAACAGAGAGGUUGCCUUCUUAAAGGAAUAGUGGGACAUUUGGGAUGCUACUCUUUCCUUUUCUUAAUGGGUAAUUUGAUACCACUCUUAUUUCUGUAUGCCCAAUUUGAAGCUGUAACCUGCAGCUGGUCAGCUUUACUUAGCAUGAAGACUGGAAGAUCGUGGAAACUUCAAUGUGUUGGCCUGCGAGCCUCUUUGACCUCAUGUCUAACUAAGUUUAAGAUCACAAGUCUUAACGGUGUAUCGUUUAUUUGGAUCAUGAUUUGAAUUCAAAAAGCCUGAUAUGAUGCCCCGCAUAAUCAGCUCAAUAAGAGGUCUGCAAUAAAAAAAAGAACAAUAUCAUAUGUCCAUUUAAUACAAUCAGUUUAUUACUAUCAAACAACAACAAAAAUGCUUUAACAAUAUAGUUUCUGACCUGUGAGACAUUUAUCUGGGAAAACAAUCUGUUCUUCAUAUAAUCACAUAUCCACCUGAAAGAUGACAACAGGGAGGUUUUGGGCUGUCAUUGAUAUUGUUAAUCAUUAAAUAGAUAUGUAGAUCAAUUUAUCAUUACACUCGCACUAAUUAGCUCUGAAGUUUUUACAGCUGUAACACGCACACAAAACAAGUUUGUGGUUUAAUGGACGGGAAGAGCAAAGCGAUCUGUUGACUCAUCUGCGGUUAGCUUACCAGCCCGUUGGUUUUAGCUUCUUGUUUACAUUACAGUAAGAGUGACAUCAAUCUUCUCGUCUCAACUGCCCAGAAAAUAAAUAAGCAAACAAACGUGGCACUGUUCCUUGACACGCUUUCCUCAAGUCGGUGAUGAAUCGCCCUCCCUACGGCCAGCAGGGUUACCGUGUGUUGCUGUUGUCCUCGGCUUGCUGUCCGUUCUUUUAUAACGAAGAGAGGGCUCAUUACCUUUUUUGUAGAAUGAUGUUCAAUAUGUUCAAACUCACAACAAAGAAAACUGUCCACAUGCUGUGUCUUGACAUUUACUCUGGAUUUUCUUCCACUAUCAUCUGUGUGAUCUUUUGUCUUUUGUUAUAUGCACAUGAAUGGCAUAUUUCUGACGUGCUUGCCUUCAGUCACAGAGAGACUUCACAUUUGCCUUUUCUAGAAACGUGGAUGUCUGCAUUACGAUGGCUUGCUAAUCAGAUGGUACUUGUAGAGCGGACACGCAGUUUAUGAAUAUAUGUGAGAAUAAGAUGCAAGGUCUUUUCUUCCCCUUUUUUUAUAUUCUCACUGUACCCGUUAUGUGAAAGUAACAUUGAUCAAGCUGAUGAAUGAUUAGGAUGGUUUUGUUGAUUUCUCUUUUUUUUUUUCUUUCUCUAUGGCUGCCAAGUAGAUGCGUCAUGGCUGUUUUGUCUCUUUCCAGCUUGUAACUAAAUGCUGGUGAGCACCUCAUUGGUGAUCUUUUUCAUGGCGUGUUUUCUCACAGUGGGCUUGUAUUUUAGGGAAAGAGACCCCUGGUGACUCCUCGUCUUCUUGUAGUUAUGUACAUACAGUUUGUUGAGCUGCAAGGCUGUGGUGUGAAACUGGUGGUAACAUUAUUGCUGCGUCUUCUUCAUAAUGCGUCGUCUUCCCUUGAGCAGACUUUUGGUAAACAUGUAUUUAAAAUGAUAUCUCCCCCCCCCUCCUCCUCCCCCCCCCCCCCUUUUUUUUUGUGAUCAUAGGGAGAUUCUUAUAAUUUGAGAUUUAAAAAAAAAUAUUUACCCCAGUCAUUAUGUUUUUGAAUAGAAAGAGAAAGGGGCACCAUCUUGUUUGCUAUCUUUGACAGUUAUGUGCUGUAAUGACACAUAAAUAUGUAACCUUGACUUUAAAGAGUAGUUCAACAAUUUUGGAAAUACACUUCUGCCCGUUUUACUCUUUAGAUAAAGAAUAAACUUUACUUUUUGGUGUUGCUUAUUGAGGUGUGUUGUCAAGGGAAGAAUGUGCUCAUUGUUGCCCCUUGUGGCUGUCGGGUGAAUAACACCCAGUCAUUCACAACUUGCGGCUUUGGUGCACUGCAAUGAGGAAAAGAAGACACAGUUCAAGAAACUGACUUGGCUGAUGAAUUAAAUAGAGAAAUUUAAGCUUAAUUUAAAGUAUUUAAUAACAUUAUUUUUCGAUUUUUUAUGGGGGGAAACACUUGUUUUGUUAACGCUAUGUUUAAUAAACUGCCCGCUCCUGUUAAAGAACAGCGCACAGCUUAGGUGUCUCACCUUUGUUCGACGUUUAAAGAUUUAUCCAAAGUUAAACAAGGCGACUUAACAAGGAAACUGUUUCAGGUCUGAAGUUUAAAAAGUCCUUGUAGCAACCCUGCACCAAAAGCUCUUGUUAAAACGCUGUAUCUUUAUUGAUACAAGACUACAUGGUGAUCUGGUAAUUGGUACCCAAUUGGUUGCCAGGCAACUGCUCGUAGCAGAGUCUAGCUAGCGCUUCCCCACUUUGUGAAAUACCGAUUUACUGUGUUUACACCUGCGUAUACGUGUGUAUUUCAGAAUCAACAAGUUUACGUGUUAGUGGGUCUUCAUGCUACCUGUUCCCCUGUCGACCUGCUCAAAUCUAAGCUACCAACUGCUUCUUAGAAGUCUCCUUGUCUACUGCCAGAAAGCGUAGAAGUGUAUUUCCAGAACUGACUAUUCCCAUAAGUCAUUUUGAGGUGUUCUCCUAUGCUAUAACGUCACAAAGAGUUUUACUGACUGACACAUAUUGUACCAAACUAUUUUCCUCAUACAGUUCUCUGCUUGAUGAUAGUGGGCUGCAGUUUCCAGGCAGCAGAUGAUAAAAAAAAAAAAAAAAAAAAAUCGGCUUUUAUUCCAACAUAUCUCCGAUGUUGGACUUGUCAAGACUCGGAAGAGAGAUUUUGUUUGUUUCACUUUAACCACUUUUUAUUUUUUGUUUUACAUUCCAAACUGUAGGAAUUUUUAGUUUAUCGCCAAAGAAAUGAUUUCGUCCUGUUUAAUGUGUUGCCUUUUUUUUUUUUUUUUUCUUUCUUCCUCUUCUCUUUCAACUUGUAAAGAUGUUCCAAAGGGGAUAAAUUCAACACGUCACCUUCUCUGCUUCUCAUUCCCAACCCACUAUUAUUUCUGAUUCCUUACUGUAUAUACAUUAUGUAGCUUUAUAAGUUUGUGCUCACAUGGGGCAUUUUGUAUGUGAUAUUCAUAUUAGGCAUAAUGGAAGUUAAAAAAUUUAGUUUGUUCAUUGUUUCAGUAAUCUCUGUGUCCUUCCUCUCAAGACGACCUUUCUGAGACAACUGUAAACUCAAGUGCCUUUUUCUUGUCUCCCACCGAUUCUUCAACGUCCCCUCCACCAGAAUAUGGACCAAAGACAUAAACCGUCCCAAACACCCCUCUCCUCUCUUUGCCCCCCACUCACUGAAUUGCACACUUUUCAUUUACUACAAAUAAACAGUUUGCAAUAUUGAA